ACCGCUCAAAAACCCUCGCCCCCAACCCCCCUUCUUUCUCUCUCUCUCUCUCUCGAUCCCUCCUCCUCGGAUAGAUUAGGGUUUGGCGAUGGUGCGAUCUCGCGGCGAAUCGAGUUCGAGCCCUGCGAAGAUCUUCGGAGGCGUUCGCUUCGUCCUCUUCGGGUUCGAUUCCGUCUCCGAAUCCCAGUAUCGAUCCGAGCUCGUUCGGAGAGGCGGUGAAGAUGUCGCCAAGUAUGAUGCCAGUUGUACUCAUGUGAUCGUCUCCGGGCGCGUUUAUGAUGAUCCAGUGUGCGUUGCUGCUCGGAACGAUGGGAAAGUUCUCGUUACAGAGCUUUGGAUUGAUGAUAGCUUGGACCUUGGCGAAAUGGCAGAUGCCAAUAGGGUUCUAUAUAGACCAAUAAAAGAUCUGAAUGGAAUUCCAGGCAGUGAGUCCUUGCACAUUUGCUUGACAGGAUAUCAAAGACAAGAACGUGAAGAUAUAAUGAAAAUGGUUUCGUUGAUGGGGGCACGAUUUUCCAAGCCUUUGAUAGCAAAUCAAGUUACCCAUCUUAUUUGCUACAAGUUUGAGGGUGAAAAAUAUGAACUUGCAAAAAAAGUGAAUAUUAAGCUUGUUAAUCACAGGUGGCUAGAAGAUUGCUUAAAAGAAUGGUCGAUUCUGCCAAUUGAUAACUAUACCAGAAGUGGUUGGGAACUAGAGAUCUUAGAGGCUGAGGCUAAGGAUUCGGAAGAUGAGGUGGAAAAUCCAGGCAGGAAAUUGCUUAACAGUAGAAACAGCGGAGAAACCACUACUAUACAAAGUGGAACAAUAGUUUCAACAGGUCCUGAUAAGCCUAUUCAAUCCCCUGGCAAUAGUAAUAUUGUACUAGCUAAUCAGUCAAAUAAUGCAAAUGCUCUUGCAACAAGCAGUAACCAUUUUACAACACCAUCCAAGGAGACCAGCUCAGGAAAGGCAAUGGAUUUGUAUAACUCAAGCUAUAAGUUAGAAAAUUCUCAUCAAAAGGAUAUGAAAGGUGAAGUACAUACUAAUGGUGCUAACGGGGAUGAAUUACUCGCCCGAUGCAAGACUGGCUUAAAGGCAGAAGCUGAUAUACUACCAACCAUUAGCAGAACCCCUUUCACAUUCGAUGAGAAAAUGAACAAAUUAAGUUACUCCAGGAAGCAUUCAAAGAAGUCUGUAUCACCAGAAGGAAUAUCAAGUUACCAGAAUGCUUCAGAUUGUAGGUUGGACACGGACAUGAUGGAAUUUGAUUAUAAUAUUUCACCAUUAGAGCGAAGGGAGGGUAGAAGUGGUGAGCCUGCUAGUAUUCAAACCCCGAUAGACACUGAAAAGAUAAAACACAUCGAGGGCUCUGCUAAUACUUUGCCUCAGAAGAGAAGGCUUUCAAUUUCUACAAGUGGUUCCAAAUUGCCAAAGACAGAAUAUCAGAAUACAACAACUAGUAGUCCCAGCUGUCACUCUGAGGAUAAAGAAUCAAAAAAUAUGGAACCAGCAACUGUCAUGCCACUUGAGGAAAAUGUUGCUGGGAUAAGCAAAAUUAGUAACCUAUCAGAAGAUGAUGGUAAAACAAAUUCUCCAGACAAUCAGCACUGUAUCUCAGCUAGAAGUAAAACCUUAAGUUAUCGGAAGAACUCUCUCAAACGUGGGAAUCCUAUUUUGGGUGCGAAAAUUAUUAAGCAUUCUCCUUCACAUGCUAAGGAUGUAGAGUUAUCAAAACCAACACAAGCACUAGAUGAAUGCAGUAUAGAUAACCUGGCCAACAUAAAACUUGCUGUUACAGAUGCCAAAGUUUCUUCUGUGGAUGGGAAGGUGACUCUUCAUGAGGAACAAAUGGAGGAAGCUGAUAUGCCACUCGCCGCAAGAAUUGCUGAUGACAAGUUAUGGUCAUUGCCGUUUGAAAAGCAGAGUGACAGCGCUGCCUCAAUGCACAAGGUACCUGAGAUACCUAAAUUUGAACUUUCUGAUGAUUUCGGGAGUGGCGAUGUCGAAAGGAGCACUACACCAAAGGUUUCUUGUGCAAAUGCCGAAGGGAAUAUUCUUCAAGAAGAAGGCACACACUCGAGGAAUAUUCUUCAAGAAGAAGGCACACACUCGAAGAAGGCAGUUGCGAAGAGGAGUAUAAACGGCAGUAAAAAUAUUGUGAAGAGGAGUAUAAGUGGUGGUAAAAAUAAACUGUGCGUGGAGAGUGGUAGGGGCGGAGAGGUUGCUGUUGCUUCAGAUAAAGCUGUGGAUGGGAAGGUGACUCUUCAUGAGGAACAAAUGGAGGAAGCGGAUAUGCCACUCGCCGCAAGAAUUGCUGAUGACAAGUUGUGGUCAUUGCCGUUUGAAAAGCAGAGUGACAGCACUGCCUCAAUCCACAAGGUACCUGAGAUACCUAAAUUUGAACUUUCUGAUGAUUUCAGGAGUGGUGAUGUCAAAAGGAGCACUACACCAAAGGUUUCUUGUCCAAAUGCCGAAGGGAAUAUUCUUCAAGAAGAAGGCACACGCUCGAAGAAGGCAGUUGCAAAGAGGAGUAUAAACGGCAGUAAAAAUAUUGUGAAGAGGAGUAUAAGUGGUGGUAAAAAUAAACUGUGCUUGGAGAGUGGUAGGGGCGGAGAGGUUACUGUUGCUUCAGAUAAAGCUGUUGCUUCAAGCAAGCCUGAAAUUAAGUCAGUUAGCGAGCAAACAGUGAAUGACAGUCUGAAACUUGAACAGGCAGUUAGUAAGGAGGCAAGUGAGGCUGUUGAACUGUAUAAGAGAGAUGCAGCCUUGAAGGACAAGCAGGAAGUUUUGAAGAAUAAUAUAUCAGGUAGGCAUAAAAAAACUCUAGCCAUAAAACAAAAGAAGAAAUCCUUGGACCCUGGAAAGGAGAAUAACCCGGAAGGAUAUUGUAGUGUUUCUUUUGAAUCAAAGGGUGGUGAAGGUGGUAAUCUGGUCAGCAAAAGUGACGAAAAAUCAGCAGAGAAUGGACAUGUUUCUGGUGGUCAUGAGAUUGACCCUCUAACAAACAAAGCUGGUAAGGUGGCUAGUUUGGGGCCUGCAUGGUUUAUUUUGAGCGGGCAUCGUUUUCAGAGAAAAGAGUUUCAGGCGGUAAUAAAGCGCUUAAGGGGAAGAUUGUGUAGGGAUUCUCACCACUGGUCAUACCAAGCUACACAUUUCAUUGUCCCAGAUCCAGUUCGCAGAACUGAGAAGUUCUUUGCAGCCGCUGCAGCUGGCAGGUGGAUUCUCAAGGCAGAUUACUUGACCGCUAGCAGUGAGGCUGGAAAGUUUCUAGAGGAAGAGCCAUUUGAGUGGAACAGGAAAGGCCUUACCGAAGAUGGCGCUGUCAGUUUCGAGGCUCCACGGAAAUGGCGUCUUUUGAGGGAGCGAACUGGUCACGGUGCCUUCUAUGGAAUGCGAAUUAUCAUAUAUGGAGAAUGCAUUGCUCCCACACUGGACACAUUGAAACGCGUGGUGAAAGCUGGAGAUGGCACCAUCUUAGCGACAUCCCCACCCUACACUCGUUUCCUCAAAUCCGGAGUUGAUUUUGCUGUCGUGGGCCCCGGCAUGCCCUCUGUGGACUCAUGGGUCCAAGAAUUCCUGCGGCACGAGGUCCCGUGCAUCACCGCAGAUUACUUGGUUGAGUACGUUUGCAAGCCAGGCUACUCUUUAGAAAGGCAUAUUCUCUACAACACAAACACUUGGGCAGAGAAGUCCUUCGCCAAUUUAUUAAACCGCUCCGAGGAGAUUGUUGUGGAUUCCGCAAUGCCCUUAGAAGAACACGGUGAUGGUGAUGAUGAUGACGACGACGACAUAAGUUGUACGGUCUGCGGAUCGCGCGAGAGGGGCGAGGUGAUGUUAAUAUGCGGUAAUGAGGGCGGUACAGUGGGGUGCGGGAUCGGGACUCACAUCGACUGCUGCAACCCGCCGAUGGAAGCUAUUCCAGAAGGCGACUGGUUUUGCGCCAAAUGCAGCAUAAGUAGAGCCAAAAGAGCCCUACAGCGCACGAAAACAAAGUCAUUACGGCGGAAAUAAUUUCCCUCAUUUUGGGUUACUGUAAUUUGAACGCAUGUCACAUUGUCACCAAAUAGCCAAAUCCUGCUAAGAAGAAGAAAUGUAGGCAUUCUCUGUAUGUAUGGUUUCCUUGUACCUGGAGAUAAAUGAAAUGUUUUAUGCUUCA